AUGGGUUUACGCAAUUCAAAACAUGAUCCCAAGAGUUAUGAUAUAGCUCCUGUUGUAUCGGAUAAAGAUUUCAGUUACAAGAAAACACCAAGGCCAUUGCCAGAAAUUAAAUUACCCUUACUGACAGUUACACCUGAAACUCCCAGUGAAGAGGAACCACAAAGUGUCACUACAAAUAAUGAAGAGGUACCUCAGGAAGAGCCAACUGCAACCAAGGAACAGCUACAAGUACCUAUCGUAACCUCUGCUGUAGACAAUGAAGAGACAAAAACUGAAGAAGUUCCAAAUCCCCACAUUCCCGCUUGGGUGAACAAGAAAAAUAUCCAACCUUUACUAAUGAAACAAUAUCCCAAUUUCAAUGAAAUUGUUUCGUUCAAAGCCCAACCUGCCUUAGCUGCUGGUGAAAAUUAUGCCACACUUAUGUUGCGCGUCUAUGUCACAAUCAGCCUUUUGGAUGGCACCACCAAAGAUUUAUCGUACAUGUUAAAGGUCGCCCACGACAACAAGGAUAUGCAACAAAUGUUGCAUCAUAUGAACUUCUUCCAAGUUGAAAAUGCCACCUACAAUGACGCCAUACCCGAAAUGGAAGAAAUGUAUCGUAAGGCUGGUGUUGAUGUUUCCUUUGGCCCACAGGCCUAUCGCAUGGCUGAAGAGGCUCCCGCCGAUUUUUAUGUCCUAUUGCAAGAUUUGGGACCUCUACACUAUAAGAAUGCCAAUCGCUUGGAAAGUUUAGAUACAGAACAUACAGAGGCGGUUCUACGCAAAAUGGCUCUAUUCCAUGCGGCAUCAGCUGUUCGUGUGUUCCGGAAGGGAGAAUUUCGGGAGGAGUUUAAGCGUGAUUUGGAUUCGCCAAUUAGUCGCGGAUUUAUACAACAAAUGUUCGGUUCAUUCAAGAAACCAUUUUUGGAUUGCAUCAAACUUUACGAGAAUGGUGAACAAUAUUAUGAUGCGAUGGAAUUUUUCUUCGAUAACUGUGUUGAAGAAUUCGUACAAAUGCGUAAAGUAAAUCCCGACUUCUUCAAUUGUCUCAAUCACGGCGAUUCGUGGUCCAAUAACAUCCUCUUCAAAUACGAUGACCAAGGCAAAUUGGUGGAUUGUCUAUAUGUUGAUUUCCAAAAUACCAAUUACGGCUCUCCAGCUCAAGAUUUCCUAUAUUUUAUGAUCUCUUCAACACAAGCUGAUAUUAAAGUGGAUAAAUUUGAAUAUUUUGUACAAUACUAUCAUCAGCAUUUGGUGGAAAAUUUAAAUUUAUUAGCCUAUCCUAAAGAGAAAAUUCCCAGCUUGAGAGAAUUCAAUAAACAGAUAAUUACCUAUGGUUCGUGGGCCACGGUGACUGCCUUCUUGACCAUGGGAAUUGUGUUGUUGGACCCAAGCGAUGAUGCUAAAUUUGAAAAUCUCAUGGGUGACGAAAAAGAGAGUGUGGACUUUAAGAAACUGGCGUACUCGAAUCCACGUUAUAUAACACACAUUAAUAAGGUGUUGCCAUGGCUGGCUCAUCAUGGUUAUUUGGUGCCAAAAUUUGUUACCAAAGAAGUUGUUGAAACUGUAACUGUCUCUGUCCCUGAACCUAAGCAAGAUCCCUCCACCACCCACCCCGAAUGGUUAAACGAAAAGUAUUUCGAAGAUAUUAUUCGUGGCGAGUUUGAAAAUUAUCAACAAAUUGUAAAAUUCAAAGUCAGCCCAGCAACAAAUACCGGAGAUAACUAUUCAUCGAUAAUGUUAAAGACUGAUAUCGAUAUCGAGCUAAAAG